CAGGCGGGUAGCUAUCUCGCAAGCUUCCUGUGCCAUACCGGUAUAUUUAUCUCAGAAUAACUGAUGAUACAGGCCACCACCACAGAACUGACCUCCUGACACUCAAGAUGAAUGCUGAUCAGAAAUCAGAAAACCGUGGCAGUUUUUUCGAAAUCGACCCCCAGAUUUUGACUGAAACGGAGUGGAAGAGGGGUGCAGGGAAAAGAGCAGAGGAGAGGAAGAUGAAGGUGGAAAAGCGAAGAGAGACUCUCAGAUCAGCAGCAGGUGGAGUUCCACACAUCUCAGACAUGAGGAUCGUGCUGGUGGGAUGCAGACAUAGUGGGAAGAGUUCAUCAGGAAACACCAUCCUGGGCAGAGAGGAGUUUGGUCCGUUUGGAAGUGCAGCUGAGUGUGUGAAUGGAAAAGGAGAAACAGCAGGGAGACACAUCACUGUAGUGGAUGCACUAGGAUGGUGGAAGAACUACACUGUAGAACAAACUCCAGAAUGUGAGAAACAAGAGAUUGUCCUCAGUGUGUGUCUGUGUCCUCCAGGACCCCAUGCUCUACUCCUGAACAUUAGACUGGGUUACUCAUUCGACGAGGCAGACCGAAGAUCAGUGCAGCAACACAUGGAGCUGCUGGGUGAGAGAGUCUGGAGUUACACUAUAGUGCUGUUAACCUUUUGGGACACUCUGGGAGACGCAACCAUUGAGCAGCUGAUUGAGGGUGAAGGAGAGGCUCUGCAGUGGGUUGUAGAGAAAUGUGGGAACAGAUAUCAUGGUAUAAACAAUAAGAGUAGUGAUGGUGUUCAGGUGGCAGAUCUGCUGGAGAAGAUAGAGGAGAUGGUGGCUGGAAACAGUGGAGAAUGGAGUAUGGAGACUGGUCCUAAUUGCCACCACAACAGAACUGACCCCCUGAGUCUGAAGAUGAGUGCUGAUCAGAAAUCAGAAAACCGUGGCAGUUUUUUUGAAAUCGAUCAUCAGAUUUUGACUGAAAUGCUGUGGAAGAGGGGUGCCGGGAAAAGAGCAGAGGAGAGGAAGAUGAAGGUGCAAAAGCGAAAAGAGACUCUCAGAUCAGCAGCAGGUGGAGUUCCACACAUCUCAGACAUGAGGAUCGUGCUGGUGGGAUGCAGACAUAGUGGGAAGAGUUCAUCAGGAAACACCAUCCUGGGCAGAAAGGAGUUUGAUACGGAAGGGAGAGCAGCUGAGUGUGUGAAGAGAGAAGGAGAAACAGCAGGGAGACACAUCACUGUAGUGGAUGCACUAGGAUGGUGGAAGAACUACACUGUAGAGCAAACUCCUGAAUAUGAGAAACAAGAGAUUGUCCUCAGUGUGUGUCUGUGUCCUCCAGGACCACAUGCUCUACUCCUGAACAUUAGACUGGGUUACUCAUUCGACGAGGCAGACCGAAGAUCAGUGCAGCAACACAUGGAGCUGCUGGUUAGUGAAGUCCUACCUGAUGACUGCUCAGCAGAAGAUGCAAAUGGCUCCACUGCUAAACCAACAGCUGAACCUGAGGUCCUGAAGACCUUUAAGCAGCUCAGCACUGCUGCCUCUACUCAGAGCUCUGGGUUUGGCUCAGCUGAGACAGGGGAGAGGAGUGGACCUGCUGAGGAGCCUUCACCCAUCAUCCCACCACUCAGAGUAGAUGGGCGAGGUAACACAGAAGAGCCCACAGCAGGACAGCAGAAGACACCGUUGAGACCAACGCAUGGAAAAAUGCUUACCUCUAGCAAAGAUAACCCAGUGUCAGCUCCUUUUGUGGAUGAAACUACAAUUGCUGUAGAUUAUACUGAAUGCAUUGGACAUGGCUCUUAUGGAAAGGUUCACAGGGGGUCUUAUCAGGGAACACCUGCUGCUGUUAAGAUUAUACCAAUAGGAGACAAUCCAGUAACUACAAAUGAAUUCACCAUACCUGGGCGUUUGUCUCACCCCAACAUUGUGCGGAUGCUGGCUGUAGUCAAAAGUGAGACACAGAUCCUCAUUGCUAACGAGUACAUCCAUGGGGCCAACCUGCAGCAGGUUCUUUAUGCAGACACUUCUAUCAAGCUGCAACCUGAAGAUAGGCUCUUUGUGGCUUUAGAUAUUGCCAUGGCUGUCGAGUACAUACAUGGAAGAAAGAUCAUUCACCAAGAUCUCAAGCCAGCAAAUAUAAUGAUUGCUGCAGAUAACAAGAAGGCUUACCUGACUGACUGGGGGUUGGCGAACCUGAUGGACACCAUAUCGAUGGCGAGAGGAAGCAGUCAGACAGGGGCUCACUGCGGCCCACUAGGAGGGACCCCUCCCUACAUGGCCCCAGAGUGCCUAGUGGACUGUGAGGACUGCAGCACCAUGUCUGACAUGUGGUCUCUUGGCAUCACUCUUCUGGAGAUGUUCACCAACUCUAAGCCAUGGUCAAAUAGUAGCUUGCGUGAGCUCCGUAAGUUUCUUCACAAACAGACAUCUCCUCAUGCUCUGCCUCAAUUACAGCCUGCUCUUCAUGAUAUUGUGAAACCACUGAUAGAAUAUGACUGCAUGACCCGCAUGAAUGGCAAAGACCUGGUGGUACUGUUGAAGUCAAAGGUUGAUGUCACCAAAAGAUAUGGGUUCAAAUGGUAAAGAGAGUGAAAGAUUAAGAUGUACUGUAAUUUCAGCUGUUGUGUAUUUGCAUUAUUAGAAUUACUGAUACUGAAUGCAGAUUGAUGAAUACUGUAAAAAAAAGUACUGUUUAAAGCCAGCCCAGUACAACACCAUAUUUUAUAGUCUAUGUAAACACCCCAAGAACUGUGUUCAAGCAACAGGCUUGGCCCAAAGUGUAAACGACCAAAGAGACACAUACUGUACACAGCAGAGAGCUAUGCCAGUGGCAUUUAAGAAGAAAAUUGGACCUCUUGUGUGACUAGUUUGUCAAAAUGACAUUCCUCCAGAUGUAAAAUAAGCAUAGGCCUAGACUGGACUGUGUGGACUUUAAGUCUACCGGUGAGUACCGAUGAGUGUCUUUGUGGAUGUGUAGAGUCUUUAGAAGCCAACAUUUACAAGAUAUCUAUUUGUUUAUAUUUUUCUAUGAAAAUAGAUGGAGUAGUUUUGUGUUUUUUUUUGAAGGGUUCUGAAGUAGCCGUAUGCUUGUAAAUUGAACUGCACAAUGGAAUUCCGUUUUUUGCAAUUAACUUAAAAACAAAUGCCUAAAGCAACACAAUGUAGGAUUUUCCCUUUCCUCAUAUUUUAUCAGCGUGGGUACCCAAUUAAUGCUACGGGGAUACCCAAUUCAUCUAUCCCAAUGAAAUGGAUCAUGUCCUACGUGCAACAACAACAUGCAAUACAAGGCAUUCCAUCCUCAAUUCUCUACAGGUUGUAACUCUGUUGCAUCAAAAUGUCUUUACAUCCUUUAUCCAACGUAACAUUUCGGUAACACUUUAAGGUAAAAUAACUAUAUUGUGUUGCUUUUAUAGUUCAAUCAAGUGUGCUGUUACUUAAUUUUGUUAUCAUUCCUUAGUACCACAGUACAAAUGUGUCAUUGCAUCUAAAGUGUAAAUAUACAAAUACGUUGUCUUUAAAGUGUUUCCUGGUUCUUUGGUUCUAUGCACAUCACUGAUAACAAAACAUGACCACCAAUCAUUGUCCACU